UAUCUUGCUUUUUUAUAUGUGUGUAUGUAGUACAUAUGAUUGCAUCAACAGUUAUCUCUGAUUUUUUUAAUUGAGAGUGGAUGAAAGAUUGGUUACCUAUUCGUCAAAAAGUUAUUGAAAAGAUAACAAAUAAUGGCAUUAAUAAGAUUUGCAAUUUUAACUGUAAGCGAUACUUGUGCAAAUGGUGAGAAAAUAGAUGAAAGUGGUCCUAGAUUGGUAGCACUUAUCAGCGAUACAGAUUCGACAGAAAAUGUACUUAAAGGAGAAGUUUCUUAUACCGCAAUUGUGCCAGAUGAUGAAGCUUUGAUAAUGCAACAUUUAAUUGAUUGGAGUGAUGGAAAUAAAGCUGAUGUCAUUCUCACUACUGGUGGGACUGGAUUUUCUAAAAGCGAUGUUACACCUGAGGCCACUAAAAAAAUUAUACAUAAAGAAGCUCCUGGAAUGUCUUUAGCAAUGUUCAUGUCAAGUUUAAAAAUAACACCAAUGGCUAUGCUUUCUCGAGCUGUAUGUGGAAUAAGAAAUAAAACACUGAUCAUUAAUUUGCCUGGCUCAAGUAAAGCCGCAACGGAAUGCUUGAGUGCAAUUGCACCUGCAAUACCACAUGCAGUAGAUUUGAUUUUAGAUAACAAAAUACAAAUUAAAGAUACACAUAAUAUUGUCCAACAUAAUAUUACAUCUUGUUUACAUGACAAGUCUUGUACAAAUCUGAUAAAUUUCGAAAAUGUGGCAACACGCCUCAGAGAAUCCCCGUUUCCUAUGAUUUCUGUAAAAGAAGCAAUAACAAUGAUUCGUAAUUCUGUAGAAAAGGAAAGAGAAAUCGAAAUUAUAAAUGCAAAUGAUGCUUAUGGCAGGAUAUUAUCCGAAGACAUAUAUUCCAAUUGUGAUUUACCACCAUUUAGAGCUUCUAUUAAAGAUGGAUAUGCGGUAUUAGCGAGCGACGGAACAGGCAGCAGAAAGGUGUUAUAUGGUGUUAAAGCAGGGAAUAUAUCCACACUAGUCUCCCUUAUACCUGGCACUUGUGUACGUGUGAAUACAGGUGCACCCAUUCCUGAUGAAGCGACAGCAGUUGUACAAGUUGAGGAUACAAAGUUAAUAUCAAAGAGUUCUGAUAAUAUGGAGGAAAAAGAGAUCGAGAUAAUGACUCAACCGAAAGAUGGACAAGAUAUUAGACCUAUUGGUUGCGACAUAAAAAAAGGAAGUUUAGUUUUAAAUUUGUACACAAUUAUUGGUCCAGCGGAGAUGGGACUUUUGGCAGCUUGUGGCUGCAAACAAGUUACAGUUACUAAACUUCCGUCUAUAGGUAUAUUGUCUACCGGAGAUGAAUUACAAGAAGCUGGAGAAUUUUUGAGACCGGGACAUGUUUAUGAUAGUAAUAGAAUUACUCUAAUUACACUAUUAAAAGAAAACGGUUUCAAUCCUCUGGAUCUUGGAAUUGCGAUUGAUGAUGAGUCUACUAUGGUGUGCAAAAUCAUGGAAGCUGUAAAAAAGGUAGAUGUAAUUGUAACAACAGGUUCUGUGUCCAUGGGCGAUAGAGAUAUGUUAAAACCUAUUUUACAGACAUAUUUUAAAGCUACUAUACAUUUUGGUCGUGUAAACAUGAAACCGGGAAAACCGACGACAUUUGCGACGUGUAUGUGGAAUGGCAGAAAGAAAUAUUUUCUUUGUUUGCCAGGAAAUCCAGUAUCCGCCACUGUUACCGCACGCUUAUUUCUUUUACCUCUUUUAAACGAGAUGCGCGGGGAUUUUUCCGAACCCAUCGUAAUACAAGCUAAGUUGAUGUCAUCAUAUAAUUUGGAUCCGCGUCCUGAGUACGCAAGAGUGAUCUUAAAAUGGAAUGACAAUGAAGCAUUCCCGGAAGCGUACAGUACGGGAAAUCAAAUCAGCAGCAAGCUACUUAGUUGUAAAGGCGCAAACGCGCUUUUAAUGCUACCGGGACGAACAGCGGAGAAACAAAUGUUGAAUAAGGGUGAUCUUGUACCAGCGAUGCUUAUAGGUUUUAGAUAAUCUCUAUCAAGAUAUCGCGAGUAAAACUAGGAUCAAAAAUAUAUGCAAUAUCUUAUUUUUUACUAUCACACAUUUUAUUAUUAUACAUAUAAUACAUAUAAAUAUAUUUUAUUAUGUAUAUAUUUAUUAUAUACAUAAUCAUACAAAUAGCAUAACAUAAAUAAAACAAUAUUUUAUUACAUAUUAAAAUUAUAUAUACAUCAGAUGCACUUUUGCUGUUACACUACUUUUUGUACACAUACGCACACAGUACUUUAAAUAUGAUAAACAAUUUCAAUAUCUGUAA